AGUAAAGACACAGGCGAAUCAAGAGGAGGCGAGGCCGGUAUUGUCCGUCUGAAUAGGCGCUGAUAGCGCCGAUGCGCCGGGGGUUGAGCGGGCGCAACGCUGAGAAUCCCGGCACGGGGCCGGUGAUGGCCCAGCCAGGGUCCGGCAGCAAAGCGACCACCCGCUGUCUUGAAGGGACCGCGCCGCCCGCCAUGGCCCAGUCGGACGCCGAGGCCCUGGCAGGAGCUCUGGACAAGGACGAGGGUCGGGCCUCGCCAUGUACACCCAGCACACCGUCUGUCUGCUCGCCGCCCUCUGCCGCCUCCUCGGUGCAGUCCGCCGGCAAGAACAUCUGCUCCAGCUGCGGCCUCGAGAUCCUGGACCGAUAUCUGCUCAAGGUCAACAACCUCAUCUGGCACGUGCGGUGCCUCGAGUGCUCCGUCUGUCGCACCUCGCUGAGGCAGCAGAACAGCUGCUACAUCAAGAACAAGGAAAUCUUCUGCAAGAUGGACUACUUCAGCCGAUUCGGAACCAAGUGUGCCCGGUGUGGGCGACAGAUCUACGCCAGCGACUGGGUGCGGCGGGCGCGCGGCAACGCUUACCAUCUGGCCUGCUUCGCCUGCUUCUCGUGCAAGCGCCAGCUGUCCACGGGCGAGGAGUUCGGCCUGGUCGAGGAGAAAGUGCUGUGCCGCAUCCACUACGACACCAUGAUCGAGAACCUCAAGAGGGCUGCCGAGAACGGGAACGGCCUCACGUUGGAGGGGGCAGUGCCCUCGGAACAAGACAGUCAGCCCAAGCCGGCCAAGCGCGCGCGGACGUCCUUCACCGCGGAGCAGCUGCAGGUUAUGCAGGCGCAGUUCGCGCAGGACAACAACCCCGACGCGCAGACGCUGCAGAAGCUAGCGGACAUGACGGGCCUCAGCCGGAGAGUCAUCCAGGUGUGGUUUCAAAACUGCCGGGCGCGUCAUAAAAAGCACACACCGCAGCACCCAGUGCCGCCCUCGGGGGCGCCCCCGUCCCGCCUCCCCUCCGCCCUCUCCGACGACAUCCACUACUCCCCGUUCAGCAGCCCCGAGCGGGCGCGUAUGGUCACCCUGCACGGCUACAUUGAGAGUCAGGUACAGUGCGGGCAGGUGCACUGCCGACUGCCUUACACCGCACCCCCCGUCCACCUCAAAGCCGAUAUGGAUGGGCCGCUCUCCAGCCGGGGUGAGAAGGUCAUCCUUUUUCAGUACUAACGCUGCCGGCACUUCCGCACCUGUCUGUGGGCGCCCCACAGCUGCCCCUCAGCCGCUGAGAUCCAGUGUCCAAGCUGCGGCCAGGGAUCCACUCGCCUCCGCAUCCACCCCUGUCCACCAUCCUGCCCACCACCAGCUUGGUCCCCCAGGCCUGGCCUUUCCCUCUCCUGCUGAGAACCAGAACCCACCAGGAGCACCACAGAAUCCUCCUCUUGGAAGGCAGAACUCCCUGAAACUUGGAAUCAGGGUGAAAACAACAGCCUGUUUUUUCCACUUAAACAGAAGUCAUCUUCAACUUAAGCUGAUUACAAUAGCAAAAGGCGGAAUUGAAUUGUGCGACGCCAACAGCCUUCUAAUUUACAGGUUUUCUUUCCUCCCUUAUUGGCCUUUAUUUACUACUUCCUUGGAACCAUCUCUAAAUUCUGAAUAGCCAACAACUCCCAAUGUUAUCCACUCUGUUGCUUUUGUCUGGAAAACUCGACAGUGUUUGUGGGAUGUCCCCAAAGGAAAGCUAUGUUCUAAUUUUAUCAUUUCCAUCUGUCUGGUUAUGUCAAGUUAAUUCAGAAAGAGAAGAGACACUGACCAACCCUGAGAGGCCCAAUAGGGCAGAGAUGGAGGUCUGCCCAGACCAAGAGGCAGUGGGGUAGGUGGGGGGUGGGGGAGAAAAAGACCCCCACUGGUUUGGAAGUCAAGGAAAGGAAUACGGCACACUGGACUGGGAGAGGCACUAGCCAUUUUAAGGAGAGAAAAGAGAGAACUUUGGGGGAGAAGGGAGACCCUACCCCCAACUAAUUAUCUAGCUUAUUUGCAGGAAAGAUAGGAGAGAUGGUAUUUGAUUUGUGCCAUGACUCUUCUGAAUGCUUGGGCAUUGUGGAGUUGGGGACUCCUGUUGGCUACUUGCUGACCCCGGAUAGGGAUGCCUGGGCCAAGUCUUCUCUGGGGAGGAGGGGUCACUCAUGGGGGGCCAGGGAACAUAGUUCAACGAAAUGGCAGUCAGAAUGUUAACUCCAGAUCUGUCUCUGAGAGAUGGUACCCAUUGCCUAGGUAAGUGUGCCAAGUCCAGAAUUCCAUCUGGCACCUCUGGGCUUCCCCACCAAUGCUCUCCAGAGCCAGCCCCACCCACUUCUGAGAACAGAGGCCAGACACAGCCAUGUUCACAUCCAUCCCAUCCUGCUGCGACUCUUCCAUUCCAAACAAAAGGGCUCGGGCUACACACGACCAUGAUUUAUGUUUUCAGGGGAUGCCCAUUUGUCCCAUGUUUAUCCUGUAAUUCUAGAACUACUUGGUGUCCUGAUGCAUUUUCCACUAGAGGUUGCUAGCAAGCAUGUUUUAGCCCAACUCCUUCCUGCUGUGGUUAACCUGUCAUGUUGCUUUUGGAAGGAGACUCCAGGACAGGGAAAGCAAGUUCAUGGUACAUACGCAGCUGUUGUCCCUGUUUUUAUCCAUGGCAGACAUCAUUUAUAGAUGGCAGCUCUAUCUCACUGAGUCGGGAUAAGGUUUCUGAAUCCAAGUGCUUGGAGUUGACUUAGAAUGAGAACCUAUAUGUCAUUCUCGCUCUGGACUUUAAGGAGAGGUACAGGUGCAGCCCAAGAAGGGAACCUGCUUCCUCUCCCUUCCAAAGAUGGUUUCAACUGACUAGGGGCAAAGAGAAGGCACCACUCAGAGCUCAUCCAGUGGUAACUUGUGCACAACCCUGUGCUAGGCACUGACAUUAACAGGAGUGACCAGGGCCUGAUCCCUGGAUUUGGAAAGCUCAAAUUUUCCCUUGGUUUUUGCUCCUGAUGAUCAAAGCUCCAAUGGCAACCAUGUGGUAAAUGGCCAUCUGAGCCUGCCCAGGGUCACCCAAUACCCUCUCUGCCUUGAGCCUCCUCCCAGGGUCUAUUCCUUGCGUGGAUCACGUGGCUGUAGCAUGUUACAGUGGCAACAUGUCUCCACUACCCUGUUAAGAGCAGCCUGGGAAUGUUCAGGCCAUCAAGACUAUUUAUUUAAAUACAAAAGAAAAGGGGAAAACACACACGGAAAAAAAUUGUAAGCACUUUUUUGUAAAAUCAAUGUCUGUUUUGUUACAUACCUUUCAUGUCGUGCUUUGUAAAUGUCUUAUUUGUGUAAUAAAGUUAAUACAAGUAGAAGUGCUGGCACUUAAAUCCAGAA